CACCGCCCGGCACCUCCUUCCCCUCCCCUCAUUGUCAGCGCCCGCAAACCCGCCCGAGCCUCGCACCCCCCCCAAACUCCGCAGCCCGAGGAGGGCACGAGGGUGAGUUUGCCUCUGUUCAAGGAAUCAGUAAUGUACCAGGAAUACACAAAGUGUUAACCGACCACACCAUUCACCAGCAAAGCUUUCACCUAAAAGGAAUAAGAAAUAAACAUGGCAGAAUUUACAGGUUACAAGGAAACCUCAAACCGGCACCUACGAUUCAAAUUGCAAAGUCUUAGUCGCCGCCUUGAUGAACUGGAGGAAGCAACCAAAAAUCUGCAGAAAGCAGAGGAUGAGUUGCUUGACCUCCAGGACAAAGUUAUCCAGGCAGAAGGCAGCAACUCCAGCAUGCUGGCUGACGUGGAAGCCCUUCGGAAAAGAGUGCUGAAGAUCGAAGGCAAAGAUGAAGAAAUUAGGAAGGCUGAAGAACUUUGCCGGUUAAUGAAAGAAAAACUUGAAGAGGAGGAGAGCCUCACCCGAGAGCUAAAGGCAGAAAUCGAACACCUUCAGAGGAGAAUGGCAGAGCUGGAGAAGCUGGAGGAGGCCUUUGGCAGGAGCAAGAAUGACUGCACACAGCUGUGUCUGAGCCUCAAUGAAGAAAAGAACUUGACCAAAAAAAUAUCUACAGAAUUAGAAAUUCUUAGAGUGAAAGUGAAAGAACUGGAAGCGUCUGAGGACAGGCUGGAUAAAACUGAGCAGAGCUUAACAGGGGAGUUAGAAAAAAUGAAAUCCUUAGCCCUGAGCUUUAUCACGGAAAGAAAGCAUUUUAACGAAAGAGAAAAGCAGAAUGAAAAAAUAAUCCAGGAGCUAACACAGAAACUAGAACAAAACAAUAAACUAAAUAGGGCAGAUCAAACUAGAAAUGCAUCCAACUUGCUGGAAAGGUCAUCAAAUAACCUCCUGGACAGAAAUGAUCUGAGAAUUGAAGAUGACUUGACUUCUGCAUUGCCCUCUAAGGAGACCAGGAGGAAGGGCAGUGUGGAUUACCUGAAACAGGUAGAAAAUGAAGCCAGGAAUAAAUCAGAAAACCAAAAGAACAAAAAUCAGGAAGACAAUAAAGUGAAAGAUCUCACCCAAGAAAUUGAAAAGCUUAAAACUCAGAUCAAGCGGUUUGAAUCUUUAGAAGAAGAACUUAAAAAAAUGAGGGCCAAAAACAGUGACCUGCAAGACAGUUACCUGAGUGAACAGAAUAAAAACAAACUCCUAACGGGUCAGCUAGAAGAAAUAAAAAUGCAAAUAAAGAAACAGAAAGAUCUGGAGAAUGGAGAGAUCGAAAAUGAAGAUAUAAGCUUUUCUAGCAGGGGAAAACAUGACAGACCUAAAUACCGGGGUGUCACAGCUGAUUUGACAGCUGCCAAGCACAAACCGAGGGAGCUCUCACCACAGCAGCGGCGGGAAAGAGUGAGGAACAGAGAUUUCUCUGUCAGUAACGACAGCUACAGCCACGGGAGUAGGCAGGCACCCAGUCCCAACCUAAUGAACAGAAAAGCAGGAAGAGCAUCUGGUGCAUCUGCCCUUUCAGACGCUGCAGUGACAGACACAAAAAGACUGGAAGAGAAAUCUUUGGUUUCCAGUUUUCAUUCUGGUCAGAAGGAAAGCUGUGUCGUGCAGAAUGAGGGGAAGAGAUCAAAAGAGCAGCCGUCUGUCCUCAGCCGAUAUCCUCCUGCUGCACAGGAGCAGAAAUCUUGGAAAUCGCCUUCCAAACCUGCUGGUGACACAGGUCUGAGGUCGAAGGCUGAAAAGCCAUCUCAGGUGCUCCGUGGCAACUGCCAAAACAGUGCUGAUGCACGGGAUGAGAAGUCAAGCAAAGGAGAAUCAGUGGCUUCUUUGGCUGAGAAGCUGAAAACCAGUCAGGCAGAGGUCAGUGACUGCUCAGGGGACACGGUGUUCAGCAAGGGCAAUCCCACUGCUCCCAAUGGCACAGCCUCGGCGUACAGGUACCACCUCACCUCCCAGGUGUCAGCAUCGGACUCCACUGCCUCUAAAGCAGAAGCAGCGAACACUUUUUCUGCAUCACACAGACAGACGGUGGAAGGGAGGACUAAAAGAUCAAUAGUCUCCCAGGAAAAAGAAUCUGCAGACAUAUCACUUGAAAGCGCAAAGCCUUCCACACUAACGAAGCGUUCCCAUCGCUCCAGGAGUCAGGAGGACAUUCUGCAGAUUCUCACCGGUCUUGAGAAAGAAGACACAGAGCAGUCUUCAACUUCAGCAGCAGAUCAUGUUAAUGUUGGCUUAAAAAUGGACUCCAAAAUUAUCCAGAGUAACCAGGAAAAACUUAAUUCAGAUGAAGAUUUGGGAAGAAGCAAAAGGACAACCCCUCAGUCAGAGUCUGAGCCAAGGAAGAAAGUCAGUUCCAAGCAGUUCUCCAAUUCCAGGGGAGUCUUUAGAGCAUCACUUUUUGAAAAUGACAAAAUUGCUGUAAAUGAUGAAGAUUCCGCCAAGUGUACAAAACCAUCAGAUGCCACCACUGGAGGAUUGAAAUCCAGAAGGUCAUUCAGCCCAAGAGAAGCUCUGAGAUCAAAAGCUGUCAUUAAACCUGCAAUUGUUGAAAAGGAUAUGAAGGCAGUCAUGGGAGGGACUAUUCCUGAGGCAGAGUCAGAAAAACAGAAGUCUGUUGUUAAAAUGGUAACAAAUAAAAUGACGAGCAGCAUCACCAUCUUCCCUUCUGAGCCGACAGCUCCGAGGACCGGUGUAGACACAGCAGCAAAGGAAAGACAUGUUGCCACCAGCGACAUCAGAGUUGUUCCAAAUGAGCCUUUACCAGUAACAAACAAUGUCCCCACACCCUUUGAGAUAUCGAUUAAUAAAAGUGCUCUGAAAUUAUCUGAGACUGACAGAAUUGGAGAGGCAGUGCCAAGAAGUAAAGCGGAAACAGUGGUCUCCAGAAGCAGCAUUAUGAUAAAGACGUCCGAACUCACGGAGAGGAACAGUGAGCCGCCUUCAGAGACAAUCAGCUGGAAGAACCAUGGCUCUUCAGAUGCAACUUCAUCUGAAACAAAACACGUCACUGUGAGAAGUUCCUGGAGAACGAGGCAAGGCGUACAUUCCCUGGAGAAUUCUCAAACCAAAGUGGAGAAAAGUGCAGCUUCCAGUGCUACAAAUGUAUGUAGGUCAUCAGUGGACCUCUCAGAAAUGGAAAGGAACAGUGCAAGGACAAACUCCCUGGAGCAGACCUCAUCCAGGACCAGUGCCACGGCUGAUUCCUGGAGCACCCCUGAGCUGGGAUCCCGAAGGACCAAAAGUAACUUAAGCGCAUCCGAACUGCUAACACGCAGGAGCUAUGCAAGUGAUCCUACAGCAGCUUCUGCUUGGCACCGGACCACACUACCUGAUGAAGGCAAAGAUUUUGUGCCUAGUUCCAGAAGGAAGCAGUAUGGCUCUUCAGAGUACCUCUCGCACGUGGACACGCCAGGGAAAAGGCCGUCUGCUAAAAUGGAGCUGCAGGACCCUGAAUCCAAGCCCCCAUCACCAGUGGGUCUCCAGGCAGAGGAGCAGGGUGCUUCCCGUGCUUGCCGGUCAACAUCUCGGAGAUGAGUUGUAUUCCCUUCCACUCAAUGAACACACUGCACAGCGGAGCAAGAGGCAGGACAGCACCGAGUUCACGGGUGUCAUCUCUCCAGAGGCUUCAGUGAGCCUGAAACCAGUGUUCUAACGCGAUUUGCAAGGUACAGGAGCUUUACCAGUCAAUUCUUUUUUUUCAUUGCUGAAGAGGCAGCUGCAAAGACUUUGCUCAGGGGACUCCCACUUCUCAUCUCUGUACCUGCAAUCUUAAUCUUCUCCAUAGGAUGACAGGUCUGUCUCCAUAUGGAAACCCUGACUGCAUAGCUUCUCUGAAGAAUGGUACUCCCUGGACAAGAGAGAACUUCUCGUUAAUCACUUGCAGUUAGACAAGAUUCCAGCAGUAUCCCCUUGAAUACAGCCCAUCACCCUACAACAGCUGUCCUCCACGGCUCCACAGCUGAAAACCUGCAGUUUCUAGAGAGAAUUAGCACUCUCCUAACACAGCCUUGUUGGCUUGGGUUGUGGUCACUUCAGUACCUGUGUCCCUAGCGCCCUUCGUGUCCAGGCAAGAGGGAACCAUUCCCCAGUGGUUGCUUUACACAGUAAGAGGGAAGGAGAGCAGAAAAUAUUGUUUAAAAGCAAUUACUGUCAGUCUCUGCAACAAGCUUUGCAUGACCUACUCAUCACCAGCUGAGCUCUUGCACCAAGAAGUCAUCCUCUGAGCCAAACUAACAGCAGUUCGUGCAGCAGUGACUUCCUCCUGACUUGGACUGGGGGUGCUUUUUUACCUGAAACUUUCUGUCCAUCACGCUCUACAGGCAACAACUCUGCUGCUUAAUCUCAGCAGCUGAGCUCUAAGGGAGAGGAAACAAGGGUGUUUCCUCACACACAAGCAGAAUGUCCUUGUUCUUUCCAAAACCAGGGUGGAGACAGCAGGAUUGGAACCUAAGCUGAGCUCCAGUGUGGCUAAGCUAGGCAGCCUCGGGCUGUGCCCCUCUUCAGGAACACCCCAUCUGCUGUGUCUGGGACCCAGAUGUGGUCAGGAACGGUUUGCCCCGCAGCACGAUGUUAUCCUGUCAGUGCCCACAGUGCCCACUGAGUGCAAAUGGCAUCGCUGUGGGGGAGACAGUGCUGCUGGAGCUCCAAGAGGUGCUCAGGUGUUAGAUCAGCAUCAGCCCUGAGCAGGGGGAUGGCAUCUGGCUCACCCCGUCAGAGCUCCUCCAGUCCUUCCUUUCCAUCCCUCCACCCGGCUGCAGGGCUGGCCCUUGGUUUUCUCAUCCUGUGCACAAACACCACUGACGCCCUAAGGGCUUUCUUCUGCCUCUUGGAGACAUGUCCCUCUCUGCCGAGGGACAGGGAUGAGGCUGAAGCAGGGAAAACGUUCCUGAUCUGCUCUGGGGGUGCUGCAGGAGUGGCUGCAACCCCGCAGCUCCCAGGGCUGAGUUGCACCCCACACCCAUCCCCACGUCUCCCCUUCAGAGGAGCACCAGUGCAGCAGCGCACGGGACUGUCUGUACGUGCGCACCUCUGUGCCGUGUUCCCUCCCUGUCCCUUGGAGUUAUACGCCUCAAUUCUGAGAGGCAAAGGAAUCGAAAACACAGAGCUGGGUGGAAAAUAUCUAUUAAAACAUUUCUAUGAAAAGAAAAAUAUUUUUGUUUUGUUAAUAAAGAUUGUUUGGAGGAAAGGAAAACUAUUUUUGAAAAAAAAAAAAAGUGUUUCCUUUUGCAAUUUUAAGAUGGUUUCCCAAAAUUAUAUUUUUAACCCUUCAUUUUAUUCUUUUGUAUUUCAUGACAUAUUUUUGUGUCAAGUUGCAUAACGACAAAAAAGAUGCUUUUAAAUUAGUACAAAGUGACAGCGCUAGUAAAAUUAAAUUAUAUUAAAAUAAAUCCCACUAACUGCUCUCUCUCACUCCUGACAUGUCAGUGCUGGUCGAGAAGGGGAUAAAUGUAUCAACAAAUAUAAAAGGAAAAAAAUUUUAAGGUCAAAAUCCAAACUAAAAGUGAAAGAAACUGAAAUUCUGAAGUUAAGUUCGGAUUUCUGAAGAGGCUCCUCCUGCCCCAUAUUUAUCAGGAAAUAUGGAAACUCGCACAGGUUUUGUAAUCUGAAACUACAAUGGAUUUUUUUUUUUUUAUUGAGCCUGUGAAGUUGCAAUAUCACCCUGAACAUCCUGCCCUGCGCAGAAUUAACGCUAUGGUGAGAUCACCACCACACAACAGCAGACAUUCCAGAUGGGCUGAACGGCAUCCGCUCCUCUUGCCGUGCGAUCCUGUGGGCUGUACGGCGAUGGUAACCGGAAUGACAGCCUGACGUGCUGCAUCCCAGCGGGGCUCUUAUGGGGCUGGUUUGCUCUGCCAGCCUCAGGAUGCUCCGUUUGGACUCAAUCUGUCCUUUAUUUUCAUGUUAAAGAAAACAUUUUCCUUCAGAACUAAGUCUGCUGCCUCGGGGCCGCUUCCAUCCAUCGCGUGGGAUACUGCAAAACCACCUCCAGGCCAGUGCUGCCCCGAAGCCUCCUGCAGGACCUGCUUGCUGAACCUGGGAGCUCACGCCUCGGCAUGUCCCUUCCUCUCCAGAAAACGAGUUCCCUCUGUGCUGCUAAGCAGCUCUUCAGCUGCGUAACACCCCCAGUGACUGUCACCGGGGCAGAACCGCUGCUGCUGACCCGCCUGGCACUGCAGUUCGGUUUCCCAGAAGCCGUGUGUUUAGGAGGGACCCUCCUCCCGUGUCACCGCCCAAGGCUGGCAGGGUGGCGUUAGAAACAGCCAGACAGCACAUCCACACUGCCGAGGAUGAGAUUUUGAGCAGCAACUGCACGGCUUUCCUCCCCGUGAGGAAUCCCUGCUGCUGCGGGACUGUAGUCCACGUCCUGCUGGACGCUUGGGUGCCCGUACCCAUCCACGAAACCUCUUUCUCAUGGUCUUGGCAUGGAUCCCUCUUAGCAUGGUGCUUCCAGAGCUCCAACUGCUCUCGGUCCUGGCUAUGAAAGCUCUGCAUCCCUGAGACGCGCCGUCCUGGGUUAGGUCAGGCUCCCCUGUACCUCCUCACAACACUGGUUUACCCACCGGCUUUUCAACCCCACAACUCUGUAUCUAAAGUGCAACAGAAAAGACCACCAGCAGCAACAGCUGUUGUUUUUUUUUCCCUUCUGUCAAUCAGAACCAGGCUUUUCCUUAGCCAUGGACACCAGAGGUCUUCACCCUGCUGCUUGGUGGGCUCAUGCUGCAGGAGCCCCAGCUACGGAGCCAGCAGUGCAGCUCUUCUGGCUCUGCUCUCCUCAGGUGAUGUCUCUCUGUUCUCCUGCUGCCUCAGACCCUUAUUCACUUAUUUUGCAGCACACACCAUGAACUCCUGCUCAACUCAGCCUCACUGCUUGUAAAUAAUGGACACAAAUGUCACUCAGUAACUGCACACUGGGGUUUUAUCACAACUGAGAUUAAAUCCAAGAAAGAAAACCCUCCUCAGAAACGGAAAGGGGCCAAGCUCUCUAAUCGCAAGUGCAAUAGGAGUUGAUUGUAUUACUGAACUUCUAGCAAUGACUUCAGGAAACACAAUGUGUUUUACUCAAAUUGCACACUUUUUUUGAACAGCUGUAAGAUAGAGGAUAUGUGUAAAUAUUGCUAUAACUGGAGAAGUAUUUGUAAUUUAGCAUAUAACUUUAGCAGGCUUGUCAGUGGGCUUGGUGAUGGCACAAGGCUGCACAUCAAGCCCUCGGGUAAUUCCAAAGUUGUAAAUGUAUUUGCUGUACAGAGGAAAUGCGUCAGUGCUCACAUCUCCCAAGGAAGCGGAGCCAAGGUCCCUUUUGGAGCGCCAGCAGCUUUCCCGAGAACGGUUGGCAUCAGCAGUGUCACAGAGGGGUUCCUUCGUGUCCAGGAACACCACAGCAGUGUAACACCUCUCAGCUGCUCGGGGAGCACAUGGAGUCGUGGCUGCACAGAGCAAACACCGCGUGUUGUCAAACUGCAGCGCCUCCAGGAAAGGAAAAGGAUGUGAAGGCACACUCGGUGCUUCGAGAGACACUUGAUAUCAGCAAUUCCCUAGCUACAGGUCAAAGCAAUAGUCACAUUGGUGUCAUCUCUAACAUAGUAGACCUCAUCUUUGCCACUUGCACAUCACUGGAGUGGUCCCAGCACUGUUCCGGGGCCAGGUCUGUAUGUGAGGAAACCUGAAGCCAUUGUUCGCAGCUGCCUCUGACAGUCAGCAACCCAAGGACCCAGAGGAUCACCUUCCUAGGCUGCUCAGCAUGCGGGGCGGGCUUCUGCCUUGGGGAAGCAGCACUCCAGGCUGCAUGGAAUGUAUUUUUAAGAGAAUAAAUCUAUUUUUUUGUAUUUGCAGACACGUAUUUGGGCUGGUGCAGCAUAGUUGUAAGACAAAUAAUGCAAGAAAACUUUUCAUAAUCACAAACUCAUACAAGUUAAGCAAAUUUUCCAGGGUUAUGGAAACAAAUGUUGUGUCCACUAGAGCUAUCAGUCAGCACUGUUCCACACUUCCUGUCUUGGCACACUCGGCAGAGGGAAGCCAGCCCUUCCCUCCUCAGGCUGCCCGUGCAGGAGAUCCAGAUGGUGCUCACCUCCUUCCAAUUACACAGUGCUUUUAGUCUGCAUGCCAAAUGUAAACACACACUUUAAUCUGCAUGUCUCUCCUGACUUAAAUGCUGUCAGCUCUACAGUAUAUAACCAAUAAAAACUCUUCUCUUUUUC